AUGAAGAACCAUUUCGUCGCCGCUACUGGAGAGUUCGUCGGCACCUUUUUCUUCCUAUACUUCGCCUUUGCUUGCCAACUUAUGGCGUUCGAGCAAGCAAGCGACAAGGCACCCAACGGAAGCAACAGUGCCACGACGACCGUCUACAUUGCUUUGGGCUAUGGUAUGUCACUCUUGGUUGCAGUAUGGAUCUUGUUUAGAAUCAGUGGUGGACUCUUCAACCCAGCUGUCACGCUUGGCAUGGUUGCUGCUGGUCAAUUGAACUGGAUCAGAGGCCUUGUUCUGUUCCCCGCUCAAAUUCUUGGAGGCAUCGUCGCUGCUGCUCUGGUGCGCUGCAUGCUGCCUGGUGAUAUUGCAGCCACUCGUACUGUUCUGGCUCCCGGCAUGUCCGAGGCACAGGGUCUCUUCUUCGAGAUGUUCCUGACAUCCUUCCUCGUCUUCACCGUCCUCAUGUUGGCAGCCGAGAAGUCAAAGACUACUUUCCUCGCCCCCAUCGGUAUUGGUUUGGCUCUCUUCGUUGCUGAGCUCGCAGGUGUCUACUACACUGGAGGCAGUUUGAACCCCGCUCGCUCGUUCGGUCCUUGCGUUGCCGCUGCUAGUUUCAACCAUGCUCACUACAUCUACUGGAUCGGUCCCGGCCUUGGUGGUCUCCUCGCUGCUGGUUACUACCGCUUCUGCAAGUUCUUCAACUACGAAGAGGCCAACCCCGACCAGGACCAUGCCGGUGCUGAUGAGAUCGUCUAA